CCAAUUCCGCAGGCGAGAUCUGUUCAAGCCCUCGCCUGCAGGUGAGCUUCUCAGCUCCGAUCUCAGGUAUCUCAGGUGAGUCCUUCUCGCCAAAUCUACAGGUUAAGCUUCAUUUAACUGUAUGUGCACAAAUGCUAUAUAUAAGGUGAAAUGAGACAGAUAUUUACCAAUUGUAAGAGGUUAAACUUCAUAUAAUCUGUGCCUAGAUGGCCAAGUUACUAUCUACACAAAUUUCAAUGAGAUUAAACAAACUCAUUGAAAUAGUAAUUAAAAGGCGAAGGUUCCUUAUUGAUAAAUUUUACUUGACUACAUGUUCAUUUAUAUCUUGUAUACAUUUGAAAUUACAACAUGCUUUAAUGAUUAUCUGAAUAUUGUGGUUACAUUACUACCAGUUACCCUUCCAUUUGAUACUAUUUCAUGAACAGCUCCAUCAGUGCAAAGGAGCUGAAAACAUAGACCAGGUUUCAAUGUCAAUGAAGGUCCUGAACCAAGAGAGUAACCUCAUGUUUACAAAGAAUCAAUAAAAGAGGUUUUCCAUAUUUAAUGCCGAAAAUAUUAUUCAUUUUAUCAUUUUCAUAUGAAUAUUUGAGACCUUGAUAUUUUCAAGUAGUUAGUAAACUUCCGCCCUAAAACAAUCUACCUAAAUUAAACUAAACUAGAUACAUUCAAUAUAGAAAAAUACACUCAGUAUAUAGGUAAGCAUCUGGUUGAUAGAGAGAUGGAUUUUUGGCCUAAUUAAACUUAGAGCUGUGCAGCAAAUGGAGAAAAUAAUCAUAGUAUACCAUUGUGAUAUUCUGUAUAUAUGUGGCAAGUUCAGGGAUAGUGCACUCGCUUAUAAUUUCUUUAGUAUUAUAUCGAUUAUUUACAUCAACUUUUGUCUUACAUCUUUUAAACUAUUUGCUUUUUUUAUGAGCAAUUAUUUCCCUUUAAUAGAAUUUUAUCCUUGUCAGGGGGGCAAAAGAUCUAUAAUACUGUUUUGCAUGUAACCUAAUAUUAUUAAUAGCUUUUAUCCCUUUCUGUUCAAUUAUUCUCUCUACUUUUGAAUUAAUUUUGAUUAUUACUCAAAAACACACACAAGUGAUACAUUCAUCAAGUGAGAAAGAGGAAGAAGAAAAGAAAGAGAAUAGCCACAAGGUGCAGCUUUGGCCUUUAGUGUAUAAUUUUGGUUGUUUGUUAAGACAUUAUAUGUAGUACACAAAAUUAUUGAUAUAGCAGGCUUUAUCAAUUGCCAUGAUAAUGUCCUAUAUAUUUGGUCUGUAAACACUUUUUGAAAUAUCUAUAUGUGAAGCAUUCAAUUAUUGUUUUUUUACAACUUUUCUCAUCAUGUUCUCCAAUUAUAAAAAAAGGAAAGAAGAAAAAUGGGAUCAAUUAAUCAAUUUGUGGUGCUAUUAAUACACUUGUUUCCCAACUGAAAUUAACCAACUCUUAAUUUUUCCCUCCACGUCGCCUCAAAUCAAAUCAAUGGUUCUUCCUACUGUUUGUUUCUCUUCUUCCUUCUCCUUCCCCAACUAUUCAACAUCUCCACCACUUAUCUUCUCGGCUCCUCUCCAUUCUCCUCCCUUCCCGAAACCGAGACAAAGCAUCUCCAAUCUUCGACAUUUCUCCACUGCUCGCAAUAUCCAGAAAUCCUUCUCAUUGCCACAUGAUGAUCUGGGUAUUGCCUGUUCAUGUCCAAGCAAGCCAAUUAUGUCCUCAAAAUCCAAGCUCGAUGCUCAUGAAGAAGAGAGCUCAAGACCAAAUUUCAAAAUGACACUAUCUGAGCUCUUGAACAAGACCAGAAUCACACCCGUAUCAGUUUCUGGCAAUUUAGACAUAUCGAUCACAGGAAUCCAUCAUGAUUCAAGGGAGGUAACUUAUGGAGAUCUCUACAUUUGCUGUCAUGGGUCUAAAACUGAUGGUCAUAUGUACAUCACUGAAGCCAUUCAAAGAGGAGCCUCAGCUAUACUUGCAGAUAAACACCUUGAAUUUGAACAGAUGUCAAACUGUAAAGCUAUAGUUACAGUCGAAGACACAAAUUUAAUCCUCCCUCUAGUUGCUGCAACAUUCUACAGGCAUCCAUCAAAGAAUCUAUCAGUAAUCGGGAUUACUGGAACAAAUGGAAAGACGACAACAACCCAAUUGGUAAAAUCUAUAAUCGAGGCAACAGGAUCAAGAGCUGGGACUUUGGGCACUCUCGGUUAUUCCAUUUGUGGCGAUAACCAAAUCGAAGAAGCUCCUAAUACUACUCCUGAUGCUGUGUCAGUCCAAAAAUUGAUGGCAAAAAUGAUGCAUAACAGUUCAAAUGCGGUUGUAAUGGAGGUUUCAUCUCAUGGAUUAGCACUUGGAAGAUGCAAUGAGAUUGAUUUUGAUAUCGCCGUGUUCACUAACUUAACAAGAGAUCAUUUAGACUUCCAUGGGACUGAAGAGGAAUAUAGAAAUUGCAAGGGGAAGCUCUUUGCAAAAAUGGUUGAUCCAAAAAAGCAUAGAAAAGUUGUGAACUUGGAUGAUCCAAAUGCUGAUUAUUUCAUAGAGCAAGGGAAUGCUAAUGUGCCUCUUGUGACCUUUGCAAUGGAGAAUAAAGAAGCCGACGUGAAGCCGUUAAAAUGUGAGUUCUCAUUGUUGAAGACUAAGGUUUUGGUUGAUACACCGAAGGGGGUAAUUGAGAUCAGUUCAAAGAUUAUUGGGAGGUAUAACGUGUAUAAUAUGCUUGCUUCUGUGGCGGUUGGAAUUUCAUUGGAUGUGCCGUUGGAGGCGAUUGUGAGAGGGAUUGAAGGCGUUGAAGGAGUUUCUGGUCGAUGUGAGUUGAUCGAUGAGGGCCAAGCAUUUGCUGUGAUUGUUGAUUAUGCUCAUACUCCUGAUGCUCUAUCGAGACUUCUUGAUGCUGCGAGAGAACUGAAUCCAAGAAGAAUUAUUACCGUAUUUGGCUGCGGCGGUGAAAGAGACAAAGGAAAGAGGCCAUUAAUGACAAAAAUAGCAGCCGAAAAGAGCGAUAUUGCUAUUCUGACAUCAGACAAUCCAAGGAAAGAAGAUCCAUUGGACAUCUUGGACGAUAUGUUGGCUGGUAUUGGGAGAACAAUGGAAGAUUAUUUAUCACGUGGUGAAAACGAAAACAACCAACCUCUUCAAAAUGGCUGUAGGGUUCUUGUGCAUGAAAUCAGAAGAGUGGCCCUACAAGCUGCCAUCUCCAUGGGAGAGGAAGGUGAUAUAGUGGUUGUUGCUGGCAAAGGUCACGAAACAUAUCAAAUCGAAGGCGAUAAAAAAAGACAUUUUGACGACAGAGAAGAAUGCAGACAAGCGAUUCUUUAUAUCAACGAGCUCCGUGAAGCAGGAAUAGAUACCACUGGGUUUCCAUGGCAAUAAGAAGCUUUUUACAUGAAUAUAUAGAAUGUUGAGCUGUAAUUGGUCAAAUGUAUAUUUUGUAUGUAAAGUACUCCCUACUUCUGAAAUGUACUGUCUGUGCCUUCACAGAUUUCAGUUAUGUUUUUAUUAUUAUAUAUAAAUAAAAUUAUGAUAAUAGA